AUGAAGCUCCUAUACCUUCGUGCGCUCAUCGUUAGUGGCGUGCUCUCUGCCAUGUUCUAUGACGCUUGCGGGGGCUCCGAACGAGAGGCAUCGGCACCUGGUGCUCAUGCACUAGAUCACGAGACGGUGAAGACGGCACUGAGUCCCCAAGCUACCACCAACGCCGAGCAAGAAGAUCGAGGGUGGAUAUGUGUCGACGUUGUCCCUUUCCUCCAUGGCUUGGGUCCAGCCAAGUUCGAGACGGUUUCUCCAGCUAGUAUCACCGCCAUCGAGAGGUUUUCUCUAGCUAGUAUCACCGCCAAAAUCGGCCAUAUCUUCAAGCGUGAAGGUGUCCGUGAAAUACCAGCUCCAUUCUUCUUCGACGGAACGGACGAAAGGGUAGUGAGUUGGAUGGCCUUCUGCCUGUUUUCACGCCACUCAACCCUAAAACCGAACGGUCCUCCGGUCCUCCAAAUCGCCAGCGUACUGGCCGAACUGGACUCGCCAAGAGCGGCAGCCGUGCUUCAACAUGCGAGAAAGGGAGAAUGGACAGAAGCAUGGGUUCGUAAAGUUGAAGCAGCGCUACCCGAAGAGCAUGAUAGAGUAAGGAGAGUUCGGUAUGAUGCAAAUAGUGACUGGGAGAGUCAAAAGUACGAGAGGUAUGCACUCAAAUUGGCCUUUUACACAAAGGUCGUUCGACUAUGGGAUUACUCUGAAUGGUUGUUCAAGCCAACAGCCAAAAAGCGGGUUACCUCACAGCUGAAAAAGGACAUCGCUGACAAACUUCGCAUACUGCCAAUUGCCGAUGCUGCAAUCGUGGUUCAAGUUGCGAAGGAAUCUACGGAGACGCGUAAACUUGCUCUGUACGCUCAAAAACAACAGUUCGUUCGGUUCAAGGGUGCGGGUAUUGAUCCUAAUGACUUGGAGAAGGGUUGGUUGCCGGCGGCGAAUUAUUUUGGUGGAAACGGUUACGGGAAACUGGUAAAAGCGUUUGUUGACGAUUACAAGAAGGCGUAUUUCUGGAUGAAUCUCAUGUUUGGAUGA